UACGAUAGUUUAGGUCCUAACUAGAACCUAACUGGAAAUGAAAAGCAUUUGGAAUCUUGUGUACAUAUAUUUUAGCUUUGCUACCUCUCUUGAUGUUCCCUUCUUCACAAAAUGUGCUUUUUCUUGACUAGCGCACUCUAGCGGAGUUUAUUGUGAGGUUAGACACAGUUGCAAAGUUCUAGAAGUGUUGUGUGCAAAAGGUCAUACUUGAUAUCAGAGUAUUAAAAUUUAUAAUUGAAGCAUUGAUUCAUUCUUUACAACCAACGAAGAGUAAAGAGAAUAACAUUAAGGAGUUUUUAAGGAUUAUUGGAAGAUCUUUAAUCACUUCAAAGAGAUGAUAGGCAAACUAUAGUUGCAGCCAUAGAAUCCUCAGAUCACAUCAGUCCUGUGAAAUGAUAAUGGAUAUUUCCAAUACGAAGAUACCUUACAUAGUUACACCAAAAUUACGUAAGAAUCGUAGGAUUGAAAACAGAUGGGGACUACAAUAUGAAAUAUCUGUACAGUAUGCUGCAUUUGGAAGGCAAUGUUUACCUUAUAUGCCAACAGAAUCACCAGUACCUUUGAGUGAGGAAAUUGUGGAAUCUGAACCACUAUAUGUGUGCGAACAAUGCAAAGACUGUUUUCGCUUUCAAAGCAGCUUAGAAGAUCAUAGUAAGAGACGUAGUUGGAUAUUUGGGAUUUGGUGUCAUAGUUGUUUCAGAACAGUAUGUUCUCAUAUACCCGAAAUAGGUUCUGUCUGUUCUAUAUGCAUGGGAAAAGACAGUGAAAAACGCUUGUAUUUACGAUCAAGAGGAUUUGAUUUCCAACGCGUCCGAAAAUGGGGAGCUGCAAAAGUAUUUUACAAUCAGUGCCAACUCUUUGAACACAUGAAACUACAUGGUUUGUGCUCAAUAGAUGUGUCUGAUGUAAUGCUAAUGCCUCUACCUGCUGGUUUAAGCUAUAGUGAUUGGACUCCUGAAUUGGAGAUAGCAUGUGAAGCACUUAUGGAAUAUACAUUUCUAUCACGUAUCCAUAUCAUGGAUUGGUUAAGGCUGAACAAGAUCGAAAAUAACUGGUGGAAAUUGAUUGAUAAUAACAUAAAUGAUGACAAUAUGAUAAGUAAAAUUGUGAGAGGUUAUAAGGGUCGACAAUUAUUUAAGACUUUUGAAAAGUCUGAAGAAGAUCAGAAUUCUAAUUCUGACUUAUCCAAUAUGAACUCUCUUCAUAUGGGAUUUAUUGAUGCCAGUUUUAAGAAUAAAAAUAAGAAUAAUCAUUCUGCUAAUGCCAUCUUGGACAAGAAUGUGUCAGAAAACGAAGAUAAUCCAUGCAUGACAACUGAUAUUGCUUUUGUAGAUUGUGGUCCCAUUUCAAGAUGUUUUGAACCAGAACCACCAGUGAGCUAUGUAUCUGGAAAACAAAUGUCUGUUCUUAAAAAAUCAAGACAGGAUAUAUCAAACUUGAACUCAACUGCUAGAACAAACUGUAAAAGAAAGAAAACAGUGUUUCAUGAUUUGUGUUUUAUUGAAACGGAUAUGUCUUAUAAAAAUACAACUAUGGCAAAAGUUGGUGAAAAAACUGCAAAUAAAAGUACUAUGAACAAACAAUCACUCAAGGACUCUUCAAAGCAACUUAAAGCAAAGCAAUCAUUUGUGAAGAAAACUGUUGGAAAUAGUAUUAGUAAGCCUGUAAUAGAAACUGAUGUUACUAAAACUCUAGACAACUCAAUCAAGAUCGAUGUUCCGUUUUCUGCUAAAAAAAUAAAGUUACAUAAAGCGAAUUCGGAUAAUUCAGAGCACAAUCCACAGACAUUGAUAGAAAUUUGUGAUCCCAAGAUGUUGACUGUCCAAAGUUCCAAAAAAGCAGAUGCUACACUGAUUAUUAGCGAUCAGCUUAUUACAAAUAACAAAAAAGCUUUUGAACAAAAAUGUAUAACUUUUCAUGAUAAAGAUGUGAUUACGAUUGAGAAAAGACCAAAAAAACUAAUAUUACCUAAUAGCAGUACAACUAUCAAGACAUUACCACAGAAGAAACAAGUUGCUGGUAAAUAUCUGAUUAAAGACGGAAAAAGGUACCUUAUUAAAGAAAGUAUUAAGAAGAAUGCCGGAAAUUCGUCCAAUCUGCUAGUUACAGAUAAUGUUUCAAAAGGCACAAAAUGUCUGAUAUCCAAGUCGAAUAUUUCAAUAUCAACUUCUACUAAUUCAGGUGAAGUCGAAAAUAUAGGUAUGGAACAAGUAACUUCACCUCACAACGACAUUUCUUUUUUAACGCCAUCGCCAUCCCCUUCUGAGUUAUCUAGUGGUUCAAGCUGCGAGUUGCAUAUUAAGCAAACUUUGAAAGCAAAAUUACGGAAGGAACCUCCGCAAUUAAUUUUAUUAAAUGAUAUUUCACACGAGAUAAUAUCAUUUGUUAAAGAGGAACAUGGGGAAGACCUUUAUAUGAACGUAAAAAUAAUAGAUCAUAUUCCAAAAGACUCUUCUCUUGACAUGUCUAAAGAAGUACCAAAGUAUAGACAGAAGAUGAUAGAAGAAUUUUAUCACAUGAGUAAAUCCGACUUGAUGGAACGAAUUAAUCAUUUGCAAGACCUUAGCGAAGAAAUGAAGAAAUCUAUGAAUUUUCUAUCGAAUAAUCUUAUCAGUGAAAAAUUGAAAUCUAUUAAAACUCUUCUAUUAAUAUUAGAAGAUUGUAUUAAUAUACAUGAUAAGAUAGCGCAAGAUAAGCAGAACGAUGACGUGAUAUUAAAUGAGUGGAAGAAGACGGAUUUACAUCAGAAGUGUCCAUUAUGCCACAAGCCUAUGAAGCCGAAAUCUUAUGUGGUUGGAUUUUCGAAAUUCACUAGGGAUGAUGAUUUAUAUUGUUAUUGUUACAAGUAUCUUUGUCACGUGUGUCUAUCUUAUCAGGGCACUUCGUCGCGGUUCAUCGCGCAUCAAAACUUGCACAUGAAGAUGGAACCUUACAUUUGCCCGGAUUGUCGUUAUAAUUUCAUUGACGCUACAUUUUUAGAAAUCCACAUGUGGACAGCUUGCUUUCACACGUUGAAAAGGCGCGUAUUCGCAUGUAAAAUUUGCGAGAUAGAUGGAUUUAGAGACAUAGAGUCAAUCACUAGACAUUUUGUUAUGAUGCAUUGUGUUACGAAGAUCGCAUGCGAAAUAUGUCAUUUGAUAUUUUCUACGUAUGGCGAUUACAUAAAGCAUUACACGAGAAUACAUACGAAUAUGCCGGAACCAAAACCGAUACGUCUUGUAAUGUGUAAAUUAGGCAAUGAGAUCAUACGUUAUGAAAAUUUUAUAUCAUAUUUGUACAAAUGUCCAGCAAUUCAGGAAAUUACAUGGUACAAAUGUCCUUUCUGUUCAUUGGUAACUCUAGAAAACGAGCAUGUGACGAUGAUACUUUUUGAUCAUCUGCGAGACUUGCACAUGAAACGACUGUUCGAAGUCAUGAGUAAAAAAACAUUUACCAUUAUCAUGAAGAAAAGGUUUGAAAAAAACAGCAUUCCCCAAGGUAUUUUGCACACCUUCGUAAAUGCUCCAAGUGAAGACGGUACUGUAAUACCUAAGAUCAUAAAUACUCAAACUAUUUCGUCGGAAAUAUUCGAACGUGGUUCCCACGGUACAUGGCCCACAAAUUCCAACGAAUCUACAUCUAUUAUUAUGCCUGACACCGGUUCGCAAAAAACACAAAAAGUAGACUCUCUACCAAAAAUCCUCAAUGUUAGGUCAAUGGCUGAUUUAAAAGCAACCACAUCUCAGUCUGCUGCUGAAUCUGAAGUAAUUAAAACUAUAUAUGAAAAAGGAGACUUAUCAUCUGGAGAUACGGAAAAAAUAAUAAUAGAUGACAUCAAAUCUGAUAUUAGCGAAAAGGCGAAAAAGUUAGAACCUGGCAAAUGUAACGACGAAUCGAUCGCUUCAUAUGCAGAUGAAACCAGAAAAUCUCUACAAAAAGAUGACAUUUGUAUAAAUUUAUUUACCGAAACAAGUAAAGAAAUUUCACAUUCUGAGCUUGUAUCCAAAACAAGUACAACUGGACGUAUAAAGGUGAUUGAUAUCAGGAAAAUAUGUAAACCAAACAUUGAACCGUUUAUUGAGGAACUGUACGAUAAACAGCCUGAAAAUGAAAAUGCAGUCGAUGUCAUCCCGAAACCUCCUCCGCUUGCCAGGAUCCCACAACAUAUACUUAAUUAUAGGGAAACCGAGAAGGCGUGUAAAUCAAGAAACGUUGCGAGGUCAACGUCUCUUUCCCGAAGAGUGGCUAAAAAAAGACGACGCAUUGCCAUAUGCGAAUCAACUGAUACGCAAGAGGAAUAUAUCGAAUUCUUAUGUCACAUAUGCAACGAAAGGAUCAAUACCUCUUGGCCCGUAGUGCGGACGCACUAUACUGAGAAUCAUUCGCGUGAAUAUCAAUUGGCGGCACUCACUCUGCGUUUAAAGAGGCUACCGGUUGAUUAUAGGAGAUAUUACAAGAGACUUUUGAGUAAUAAAAAGCGAAAGUCUGAUGUUUCUUUACCUACAGCGAAGAGGAAGCGCCGGUUACCAAAAAAACAUACGGAGACAAAGGACACGAGUACGCCUGAGGUAGGGUUGUGUGUGAAAGAGGAGACUGCGGAGGACGGUGAAGGUAACUUCAAGUGCAAAAAGUGCGAUCAACGAUGCACUGACAUGUCCGAUCUAAGAGAGCACAUUGCUGCUAAUCACAGGUUGAAAGGCCUUUACCUGAUAUGCCUAGAAUGUGGCGAGAACUUUGUGGUCGCGCCUAGCUUGCAGAUGCAUCUCAAAGCUUUUCACGGAAUAGAAGAUCCUAUCAGCUACAUGAAUCAAAAUUCCUCUUAUGCUCCUGAUGCGUAUAACGAUUUAAUGGUGGAAGGGAAAACAACAGUAGCUAAUCAGUGCUACGUUUGCAUGGCAGUUUUUGAGGAUAAAGCUGCGGUUGACAAACAUCUGAGAGUACACGGUAUGGCUUUUUUGAAUCGUAAGAGGAUAGAGGCGAGAAACGCUUUGAGGAGUCCGGAAAAGAAGUCAAACACGGAAGAGAAUAAGGAAAGUUGUGUCCCAAAAUGUCCAAAGGUGACUAUAAAGCGAGAUAAACCGGUGGAAGCAAUCCUAGAAAAACUUAACGCGGCGAUAUAAUUACAUUGGAUGAAAAACAUGUGGAAUAAAAUAUAUAACUUUGUAAUAUAAUGCAUUUAUUAAUUUUAAUUCUAAUUCUCGUCUGUAUAUUUACGCGCUCAUGCAUUAUCUUUUUCUCGUUGAUUAAUUGUUAUUACAGAACAUUGUAUUAUUGAAUUGUGCGUUUUUUCUAUUAUCUGUAUUACUAAUUAGUACUAAUAAUUCAUAUCUUUCUUUUGAAACAGCUAAGGUACUGAAUUGACAAAAAAUUGAUGACUUAUCUCAAAAUACAUACAUACAUACAUACAUACAUACAUAUAUACAUAUCAUAUAUACGUGUAUGUAUAUAUAUAUAUAUAUAUAUAUAUAUAUAUAUAUAAAUAUAUAUAUGUAUGUAUGUAUGUAUAUUGGCUGUAUCAUAGAUUCAUAUCAUGAAAAUUAUGUAUUAUAUUAGUUGUUAUGGUUCAAGAUUGUUAAUUAUGUCCUCUCUUUCAUAUGAUUGAUUUUACAAUCAAUAUUUCAUUACGUUUAUAACGAUAUUCCAUCACUACCGUGACAUAGAUGAGUGGCAGAUUCUUAAGAGCAUUUUGAGAUGAAAAUUCUGACAUGAAAGUAUCGAGCCUAUAAUAAUAAUUUUAAGAAACCUAAUCUUAACAUUUAAAUCACUACGUUAUUCAUAUCUUGGUGACACGUGAGUUUCACGAUACUCGAGUUUCACGAGACUCGAUACUUAUCUACAGGUGACAUGAUUUUAUUUAUUCAAUUAACAAUAACUGUCAAUAAUUAAAUCUUUAUGAGAGUAUCGAAAAUGGAAACAUAAAAUAUCCUAAAUAUAUAUAUAUAUAUAUAUAUAUAUAUAUAUAUAUAAUCAAAAUUAUUCGAGAUUAUAUUUAUUUUGUAUAAUAUUCCUCAUAUAUUCUAGGAAAUAAUUUAAGUAACAUAAUGUUAGAUGUUUUUGUAUAAAAAUAUGACGAUUUCAUAGUUCAUAUAUGUGUGUGUGUAUGUAUAUGUAUUAAGAGGAUAUUAAAAUUAGAUUAAGUAUGCAUUAGAUAUCAUAACUAGAUACAAUAAUCCUUCUAUUAAUACUGUUGUCUUUAAGUAAUCUAAUUCUGUAUACUUUAUAUAUGUUAUACAUAUAUAUAUAUAUAUAUAUAUAUAUAUAUAUAUAUAUAUAUAUAUAUAUAUAUGUUAUAUAUAUGUUAUAUAUACGUUAUAUAUAUGUCGUACCUAUUAGCUAGAUAAUUUGACAGCCAAAAUAAUUGAUCUGUCCAAAAUUCGCUCACUUAGAUAAAUUUGAUCAUAUAGUUUUGCGAUAAUUUUGCAGUGUAGAAAUCUUAUAAGAUGCUGGCGCGCGAUAUGCGUUGUCAAGGACAUGUAAGACAUAUAUGAACCUGACUUUUCAUAAAGUUCGUUCAAAUUAAUAUUAAUCGAUAAAUUACUUUUGUUUCUAUAAUAAGGUAGGAUAAGAUAGUUGAUUAUAUUAUAUUCGUGGGUAAGUGAUUUUUUUUAAACUGUUUUCAUUUAACACGUUCGCUGAUGAAUCGAUGAUUCAUUUGGGAAAUUAUUCCAAAAGCUCAUUCUGUAUUUCUUUUUAUGUAAUAUAAUGUAAAACGAACAAUUUGUUUUUAUAUGGAAUAGAAAGAAGAAUUAUCGUUAUCAAUUAUCGUUAUAUAUAUAUAUAUAUAUAAUAUAUAAUUAUCGUUAUAUAUAUAUAAUAUAUAAUUAUCGUUAUAUAUAUAUAUAUAUAUAUAUAUAUGUAUGUGUGCGUGCGUGCGUGCGUGCGUGCGUGCGUGUAUGUGUGUGUGUGCGACGCUGAUAGCGAACGUGUUAAAGAUAUUAAUAUUUUGUAUUAUAAUCUUAUUUCAAAAUGUCUUCAGAAAUCUGCUAUUAAGUGUUUCAUGGUAGUGAUAGGAUAUCUUAUAUAGAUUUUUAAAAGACUUUGUCAUUUAUAUUAUAAUUCAUUGUAAAUUUAUUUAAAAAAUUAUUUAAGAAUUUAUUUAAGAAGUUAGAAGUUAGAAGUUAUUUUAGAAGUUUAUCUACAGUAAAACUCAUUAUAAUAUAUAUAUAUAUAUAUAAUUUUAUAUACGUGUUUAAGACAUAUGAGUGUUAUUUUAAUAAAAAUUCUAUGUACGUCAAUCUAUAAGAUAUACCAUAAGAUAAUGUAAAUAGUUAUUCUGUUUUAUAGA